UGCGCGCCCGAACUUAUUUUUGUAAACAUUGAUUGCGUAAGCAUCUGAAACAAUAUUAUUUUUUAUUUGUAUCCUAUUAUUUACAAUCAUGGGAGUCGUUAAAGAGCAAGAUAAUAAAGAUUGCUACGGUUUGAAUCAGAGCUUAAAUGAAGAACAAAUGGUAAUUGUACCUAAGAUGGAUGGCAAUGAGGAAUUAAAUAUAUCACCUAAAAAGAUUCACAAGAAAAAGGUUCUAAAGAGUACAAGACCACCGUGCCCUAUGACAUUUAUGAAACGUUCAGGACGCAAGGCACCAGGCUCCAAAAACUCAAGGCGUUAUGAAAAUACCUGUUUUCUUUUGGAUUUAGUUGACGAUGAUGUGAAUGAAAUAACUGCACAAGAUUUUUUAAAUUCCAAUCAGACAGCGUUUGAACUUCUUUUUGCUGAACAAGAAAACAUGAAGAUUUGGAAUGACUUUGUAAAUCGAUCUGAAGAAGACCAGGAUAUCUACCUCAAAAACAUAGAUGAAAAAAAGGCUGAAACUAAGAAAAAUGAGAAUUUGGAGCCUGUAAUGGAUGACUGUGAUGCUAGAUUAGAUCAUCCAGCCUUUGAUGCUGAUGCAUGCUACAAACGCAUAAGUUCUCGCUUCAGGAACAUGUUGCGUCGUCGCCAUCCUCCUAAGGGAACACUGGAACAUUUAGAAGAAGAGUUAGUAUGCUGGUUUUCAGAUGACCCUUGUUCUGUCUAUAUAUCUUGCAUUGGCAACAGUUUUGAAAGGCUACUUAUACAUGCCUUGUCUCAGUACCUUGAUCUACAAUCUUCUAGCUUUAAUCAGGGAAGUAAGCGGCACACAAAAGUUGAAAACAGUAAAGAAUACUUCAGUCCUCCAAGAAUGCCACUAUCAGAAUACCUUGUCACCCACUGCUAGGUGCUUCUAUAAUCAUUCUACUGCCAACUGUGUGUAUAAUAUAUUUUCAGAAUCAAUUAUCAAAUUCCACCUACUGAAUGAUUCGUAUUUCCUAAUCAGUGGUAACUACGCAUCUAUUUUUCUAUCUGAACAUAUCAGUACAAUAGAUUUAUCAACUUAAAAGUUGAGAGUUAAUUUACAGAUGUAGUAUCUCAGUGUGAUAUGAAUAGACCCUUAAAUUGGCUGGUAAUAAUUUAAGAAUUUUUGUAAUAAAAUUUCUGGAAAUUAGUGGAAAUUUGUAUGAUUUGAUCUGUGUAAUAACAUAUUUAUUCCUUUUUCAAUGAGGUCCAAGACGUAGGGGGUUGGGCGUUCCUACCCAAUAGUGGUGGUCUAAUGGUGUUUCCCGGAAGUUCUGAAGUUUUAACCAUUUUUAUCUCUUAUUUAAAUGUCACAUUUGGUUAAUUUUUUGUUGUUACCGGGGUUGGAGAGCACUUCUUUGAUAUCCACAUCUGAAGUAAUAAGUUAAGUAUUCACUUCCAAUUAGACAAUUUCUAACAAGUUGUCGCUCAUUUACGGACAAUUGAAAUCUAAUCAAGUUCAACGCUGAUAGUAUAAUUUUUGUCAGCUGUUAAUAUAAGAAAUGAUUUCACAUAAACUAUACUUUCUGUUGUCAGCUCUAGAAAGUACUGUACUGUACAACAUUUCAAACGAAUUGGGAAAGAUUUUAAUAUUAACAGAUGCUUUAAAAUCCAAUUCUCAUUGAAUGUGAUUUAUUAUAUUUGAUUUUAAUUUAAUUAAUUGUGAAUUUGAUGAAUUUUAUUGACUAAUACAAUAAAUGUAUCUAUGUAAACAGUAUACAGUAUAUAGAAGCAUAUACUAACUGUAUGUUUCUUUGAUAUCCACAUCUGAAGUAAUAAGUUAAGUAUUCACUUCCAAUUAGACAAUUUCUAACAAGUUGUCGCUCAUUUACCGACAAUUGAAAUCUAAUCAAGUUCAACGCUGAUAGUAUAAAUUUUGUCAGCUUUUAAUAUGAGAAAUGAUUUCACAUAAACUAUACUUUCUGUUGUCAGCUCUAGAAAGUACUGUACAACAUUUCAAACGAAUUGGGAAAGAUUUUAAUAUUAACGGAUGCUUUAAAAUCCAAUUCACAUUGAAUGUGAUUUAUUAUAUUUGAUUUUAAUUUAAUUAAUUGUGAAUUUGAUGAAAUUUAUUGACUAAUACAAUAAAUGUAUCUAUGUAAACAGUAUAUAUAGAAGCAUAUACUAAAUGUAUGUUUAUGUAUUCUUAAUAAUAUAUGUUGAUAAUACUAAAAAUAUUAAUUGAAAAUUUACAUGUAAUGUUUUGCGGAGAAUUAUAUUGUAUAAAUAGAUUAGCACACAUUUGUUAGUUUUAAUAUUUUGGUAGUGCUGCAUUGGUGUGUGGUCUUUUAGAUUUUUAUUUUUACUAUUUAAAGAAACUAUUGUAUAUUACACAUAUCAAGUAUUUGCUGCUUUGGUGACUGAAAUUUAAAAAAAUUAUCUGACAUACCGGUAACUGCAGUGGCUGUAAUUCACAAUAUAUCUACAAUAUCCCUUCAGUGUCAAAUCUAUGUCAGAUGCUCAUACUAGUUUUUAUGCUAAUUAAUUGCCUCAGGAAUUAUACUAAACUCGCCUCAAAAGUUAAUGCAUACAAAGAAAGUUUGCAGUAAAGUCAUUUUUGUAAAAUAAUUUGUUCUCGGUGGUAGUAAAUCGUUUAUGAGUUCAGGGGGAAUUUUUUUGACUGUCGGUGUCUAGUUUCAAUUAUACAGUUGAAAAGUUGGUUGGAAGUCAUGUAAAGUGUCAUUGUAAUUUUGCAUUGUAUUGUUAAUCAAUGUUUCCAUUCAUUAUCUGUACAUGUUAUUCAUAUAAACUUCAUGUAGCCCCACCCCAUUACAGUAUUAACCCUUUUGCCACCACUUUCUGUCCCAUGUUCCUCCUACCACUCUGAUAUUAAUGGUUGACUCUACCUCUCCAAUAGUUCAUUAUAAAUUAUUUAUUGUUGAGGGUUCUUAAAUGUCAUAAAAUAUUAUGUAAAAUAAAAUAAAGUAACAAACAACUGUUAUUUUGUGAAAAAUAGAUUUUAUAUACAAAGCAGUGUAUUUAAAAUAUGUAUGUAUUUGAUAGUGUUAACCAUAAUGUAUGUACAGGGUAUAGAAAUAUUUGUAACUGUUUUAAGUUACAUGGUCAUGAAAUUUCCCUGUUUUUUUGAACAAUUAAAAUAUUGUACAAUGUACUGUGAAUAUUGA